UGUCAUGGUGAGUGCGGGCCCGGCCCGACCCCAGCGCCGCGGCCGCCGCUCUCCCCGGUGCCCCCCGCAGAGCCAUGGAGCCGGGCCGCCAGGCGCUGCCGCUGGAGAACGCCUCCAUCCUGUCCGAGGGCGCGCUGCAGGACGGGCACCGCCUCUGGAUCGGCAACCUCGACCCCAAGAUCACCGAGUACCACCUCCUCAAACUCCUUCAGAAGUUUGGCAAAGUAAAGCAAUUUGACUUUCUCUUUCACAAGUCCGGUGCUCUGGAGGGGCAGCCGAGGGGUUACUGUUUUGUGAACUUUGAAACCAAACAGGAAGCAGAAAAAGCGAUCCAAUGUCUCAAUGGGAAGCUGGCCCUUUCCAAGAAACUGGUGGUGCGGUGGGCACAUGCACAGGUCAAGAGAUAUGAUCACAAUAAAAACGAGAAGAUCCUUCCAAUCAGUCUGGAGCCAUCUUCCAGCACAGAGCCGCCCCAGUCUAACCUAAGUGUCAGUGCAAAAAUAAAGGCCAUAGAAGCCAAGCUGAAAAUGAUGGCAGAAAAUCCAGACGCAGAAUACCCCGCAGCACCCGUUUAUUCUUACUUCAAACCACCGGAUAAGAAAAGGACUACUCCUUAUUCCAGAGCUGCCUGGAAAUCUAGAAGAUGAUGCUUAUGAAUGGAGAAUGGUAGCGAGAAAACAGUGCUUUGUAUACCUGGAGUCCUCUGAUGCUUUUGUACUUUGUAGAGUGAGAAGGAUACUGCCACCCAAGCACAGCACCGCUGUACAUGGCACAGUGCUUGUUACACCUUAGCUGGUGUGCUGAAUCCUCCUGACUGCCAAUGCAGCUUCACAGCCGAGCACUGCUCAGAGAAGUAGGGUCCCAUCAAAGCCUUUGAUGAACCUCUCGUUAGUGUGCAUUCAUUAGCAAGAUUAGAAACAGUAACCAGUGUAUGGAGUAAAGCACAGCCAAAAAUACUCCAUUUAACUGAUUACUUUUUAAAGUAUUUUUGAACAAAAACUAUUCUGAUUCGUGUUUUUAACGAGGGGAAGCACUUGGUUUUGAUUAACAUUCUGUAGUUACCAUGGAAAACUUUUUUGUUUUUUUUCAUCUCAAUAAAACUCAUUUGAAAUAGA